AUCGGCAUCCUGCUGCAAAAAACGACUCGAUCCCAGCGGAGAACAAGAAUAACAUAAAAAAAAACAAUUAAACCCGAAUCGUACUCGACUUCGUCCUGUUUGUCUUCCUCGUUUGAUUGUCGGGAUGGGUGUUCCUAACGAAACGGUCUAUCGGGAUCCCUGGGCGAAGAGGGAAGCCUGGCGUCAACAUCCAGUUUUCGCAAGACGGACACAGAUCAGGAACAUGUUUCCGGGUUUUGGGAUAGCACUGAUCGCCUUUUCGGGAUACGUGGCCUGGGACAACCUUUCCUCGCCGGACUCGAAGACGAUCCAGGAGCUCAGGAAGCAGUCGGAAGAUCAGAUCAAGCAGAAGGAUAGCUUGCUCGGCUGGAUCACUGGCCAAGGCGACAAGAAAUAAUCGAACCCCCCCCUAUCUACUUGUUAAUAUAUACACUCAUGAUCCUCCUUAGUCACCUUGUACGAUUCUUCUGGUCUCCGUUUAUCAUCAAAUCUGAAUCUCCUGAAUCCACCGAUCACCCGAUCCUGGCAUGUUACGGAUCUUUUGCAAGACAAGACGGCUCUUCCUUCUCAGCCGCGCGCGUACAGUUCGCACUUUCUUCAUAACCCGUCAUCUUGUGAGAUUGUCG